AUGGAGCGGCUCCGUGUCUUAGAAUUAUAUAGUGGCAUUGGUGGGAUGCAUUAUGCCUUAGAGGAAAGUGGAGUACCUGCUGAAGUGGUGGCAGCAGUGGAUGUGAACACAACAGCAAAUAACAUUUAUAAACACAACUUUCCCAACACACCGCUGUGGCCUAAGACCAUUGAAGGAAUGACCCUAAAUGAUUUCAAUAAAUUGAACUUUGAUAUGAUUUUAAUGAGUCCACCUUGUCAACCUUUCACAAGGAUUGGGUUGCAAGGUGACAUAUCAGACCCGAGAGCAAGAAGCUUUCUUUACAUCCUGGACCUUCUACCAAGGCUAAGCAAGUUGCCACGGUUCAUUCUUUUGGAGAAUGUGAAAGGCUUUGAGACCUCCUCUGCGAGAGAUGCCUUGGUGAAGACCCUAACAGAAUGUGGCUACAGCUUUCAGGAGUUUUUGAUAUCUCCUACAUGUAUUGGUAUACCAAACUCCAGACUGCGGUAUUUUCUCAUCGCUAAAGCACCUCCAGGAUCCUUCUCAUUUCAGACCACUUCAGAGAUCCUAGAGGGCUUCCCAAGGUCAACGAACAAUGAAGGCCCAGAUGGUUCCUCUGUCCCAGACAGUCACUCCAUCGCAGCCAGCAGUGAGAAAGAAGAGACCGGGGAAAUCGUCUAUAAAAAGGAGACAGCUCAUGAUCUUGAACGGAAGAGGUGUCAGGACAGCGAAGAGACAGUAAGGAGACUGCAGGACUUCCUUGAGCUCGAUACGCAGGGAGAAGACAUAGAGCAGUAUUUACUUCCUCCGAAAACCCUGCUCAGAUAUGCCCUGCUUCUCGAUAUAGUUACACCGACCUGCAGGAGAUCUGUCUGUUUCACUAAAGGCUAUGGCCACUAUGUGGAGGGCACAGGUUCUGUCCUCCAGUCCUGUAUGGACACAAAUCUGGAGAAUGUGUUUAAAUCAUUGGAGUUGUUGUCUGAGGAGGAGAAAUUAAAUCAGCUUUCCAAAUUGAAGCUGAGAUACUUCACACCCAGAGAGAUAGCCAACCUUAUGGGCUUCCCAGCUCGAUUCACAUUCCCCAAGGACAUUUCAGUCAAGCAGCGGUAUCGAGUGCUUGGAAAUAGCCUAAAUGUACACAUAGUGGCCAAACUCAUCACACUGAUGGUGUCAUAAGCAAACAGUUAAUAUGUCAUCUGGCAUGACAAGGACUAAAGGUGACAAGCUGUGGUUUUAACCGUAACUAAACCAAAUGGAAAUUCAGUUCUUGCUAUUAUUUGAAAAUGCUAUUGUUGUUUGAAAAUACUGCACUGUUGAAUAAAGGUUUUCUAUGUUUUUUUGUUUGUUUUG